AUGGCUCCUAAAGCACCUAGUUCCUCCAGCAAGAAAAAGGUCGGCUCGGGCAGCAGUGAUGAGGCCAAAGUGCCCAAGUUCAAACUUCCAUCGACCUUUAUAGUUAGGCCUAGCAGUAAGAUAGAUGAUCGUAACAUCAGCCAUGUUUAUAUGGCCAAGAAGGUUAUGAAGGCUUUGGAACUCGAUAACGGUAGUAUGUGCGUGGUGGGAAAACUAAGCGAAAAUGGGAUUGUUGCGAUCGCUCAGACGGGAGAGGAUUCGAUGAUGGAAAACAUUAUACAAAUUUCGGAGUCUCUGCGGUCGGUAGGGAAUGUUCUGCUAGGCGACCGUGUGGACAUUAAGAAAGUGGCUUUCCAACCGGAUUACGCGUCGAGCGUAACUUUGGGUUCUAAGCAAGGUAUUGAGAUUCCGGCUGAAGCACAGAAGGCGGCUGAAAAACUGAUCGACGAGUGUGGAUUGGUCAUGCCAGGGAUGGUGUUUCCCGGACGCAGAAUAAGCGACCAACUGAUAUUAGACUUGGUGGUCAUCGAAAUCAAUGAUCUGAGUGCAGAUGAACUACCGAACAUCUCUAAAUUGACUUUAGGUUCUUCUGAUCCAGAAAGUGAGACAUUCUACCUCUCACCACCUGGAAUUUUCCGCAAAGGUUCCACAAGUAUCAUCUUUGCCACGCAGACUGCCCCUCCGUUGAAGUACGGGCUUCCUCAGCCUGUUUCCUACAACAGCGUAGGGGGACUAUCCAAGGAAAUCGACCUGCUUAAGCGCACAAUUGACCUCCCGUUGCAUCAACCAACCCUUUUUGCCGAGUUUGGAGUAAGCCCACCUCGAGGAAUUUUGCUACACGGGCCUCCUGGGACAGGUAAGACAAUGCUACUCAGGUGUGUCGCGGGAGAAGCCAAUGCUCAUGUAUUGACUAUCAAUGGGCCCUCAAUUGUUUCGAAGUACCUUGGGGAAACGGAGGCAGCACUGCGAGAUAUCUUUAACGAGGCAAGGCUCUACCAACCGUCGAUCAUUUUCAUCGAUGAAAUCGAUUCUCUGGCGCCCAGUAGGUCUAGUGACGAUGCAGGCGAGGUUGAGAGCAGGGUUGUCGCAACUUUAUUGACGCUUAUGGAUGGUAUGGGGAGUUCUGGCCGCGUAGUUGUGGUGGCAGCUACAAACAGACCCAAUUCUGUAGAUAUGGCUUUGAGAAGACCUGGAAGACUUGAUCAAGAGGUUGAAAUUGGCAUUCCUGAUGUUGACGCUAGACACGAUAUUCUAGUUAGACAAUUCAGCAAAGUUUCAGAAAAACGUCACGCUUUGAAUGCCGAAGAUAUUCAGCUAGUGGCCUCCAAAACGCACGGUUACGUUGGCGCCGAUCUAGUGGCUUUGUGUCGAGAAGCGGUAAUGAAAACGCUACAGAGAGGAAUUACUCAAAACUUGGAUAGAGAAUCUCUCAAGAUAGUGCUGAAGGACGUCGAAGAGGCUAUGGCUGAGAUUCGUCCAAGCGCUAUGAGGGAAAUCUUUCUCGAGAUGCCAAAGGUCUACUGGUCAGAUAUAGGUGGCCAGCAAGACCUAAAGCUGAAACUAAAGGAAAUGAUCCAACUUCCUUUAGAAGCCUCGGAGUCUUUUUCGAGACUGGGUGUAUCUGCUCCCAAAGGUGUGCUACUAUACGGCCCACCCGGCUGCUCCAAGACGUUGACCGCAAAGGCUUUGGCCACCGAAUCGGGGGUCAAUUUCCUCGCCGUCAAAGGUCCUGAGAUUUUCAACAAGUACGUAGGAGAAUCCGAGAGGGCAAUAAGAGAGAUUUUCCGGAAAGCUCGCGCGGCAUCACCUAGUAUUAUUUUCUUCGAUGAGAUAGAUGCACUAUCUCCUGAUCGGGAUGCUGGAGGCUCCACUUCUGCAGCCAACCACGUUUUAACGUCUUUGCUAAAUGAAAUUGACGGUGUCGAAGAGCUUAACGGAGUUGUGAUAGUUGCUGCAACAAACAGGCCUGAUGAAAUAGACUCAGCAUUGCUGCGGCCUGGAAGACUUGACCGUCACAUCUACGUGGGUCCUCCUGAUUUUGACGCCAGGCUCCAGAUUCUCAAGAAAAACGCCAAGAACUUUCAUAUUGAAGACGAAAAAGCGACCUUGCAAGACCUAGCACAAAGGACGGAAGGAUGUUCAGGUGCGGAGGUGGUUCUACUGUGUCAGGAAGCUGGUUUGGCCGCAAUAAUGGAGAAUCUCGAAGCAGACCAUGUGGAAGCAAGGCAUUUUGAAAAGGCGAUCAAAGGAAUCUCCCGAGGCAUCAAUCAAGAGAUGCUGGACUACUAUGCCGAUUUUCAAUCACGCAGUGGCAUUUCAGCUUGA